CCCCAGCCCGAGCAACUGUCGCCUCCUCCCCUCGUCUCGUGCCGCCUCAGUCUGCGUCGUCCGGACGCUCGAGGCAGAAACGAGACGACACCGGACGACAAGAGACCGGACCGGACCGGACCGGACGGUACCGGCUUUCUGUCCGGCGGUGCAUUUAAGUUGCCUACUUUUUGUGAGAGCUGUCUUGGUCCCGGCCCACGUCCACAUGCCUGCAGGCAAAGUGUCGCUAGUGCCGGUGGGCCGACGCAAUUCACGUUGGUUGCCCAUUCGUUCAUCGCCUCAGGUUCACGGACACGGUUCGAGUCCCGCGCCAGGAUUCUGGAUGAAGCCGGAAUGAGGGAAGGGGGCCGGGACAUGUUGAAUCGGUCGACUCGACUCGACCCGAGAAGAAUCUAG